AUGUCUGUGCAACCUCCGCCAGCACCUCCGAGUAACAUCGAUGGGCUGCCAACGCAAACUCGGGCGGCGACGGCCCCCGAUAUCACACAUGGGACGCCUUUUGCGCCGCACCCGUACAUACCGCCAAGCGGGGCCCCAGGCUUCGCGGGUGACCGUGCGUGGGACAAGGGCUUCGAAUUCGACAAGGAGAACGUCGAGCGUGCGAGCGUGAAGCUCGCGGGCCGCAAAGAGGGCACGCACAGCAUCCUGACUGUUGCUCUUGCAGACAAGUUGCGGCCGCACCUGCCAGCGCUUAAACGGUUACCACGGUCAUGGACAAUGAUGUACAGCCUCGACCAGCACGGCAUCUCGCUGAACACACUGUACACGCGCUGCGAGGCGCACGCAGGGGGUGCACUGCUCGUCUUGCGAGACGCGAACGACGCCGUGUUUGGCGCGUGGAUGGGCGAGGGCAUCCGCAUGUCUAAGGGCGCAUACUACGGAAGCGGCGAGUCGUUCCUGUGGAAGCUCCUGCCCGAAGACAGGCUGCGGGUGUACAAGUGGACGGGCAGGAACGACUACGUCGCGCUCUGUGAGCCAGAGUACAUCUCGUUCGGCGGCGGCGACGGGCACUACGGCUUGUACCUCGACGCGACGCUGUCGGACGGCUCGUCGGCGCGCUGCCCAACAUUUGACAACGAGCCGCUGUGCUCGGCAGGGCCGAGACAGGGCGAGGGUGUGACAUUUGAGUGUGUCGGGUUGGAGGUAUGGGGUAUCGGAGGUUGACGUUGAGGCUUAAAGCUCGGCGUGCGGACUCUGAACAAUCUAAUUGUAUACUUGCAUAUGUAAAGCAUCAACACAUUCACCUCUCCAGCCCGUUCUGUCGGGUGCAGGGAACUCGUAUUUGUAUAAGGUUUGCCUAGAGACUAGAUCUGCAUGACGAAACAUUCGUCACCCAAAAAUAAACUG